CCCAACCCCAUAUCACCCAAGCUCCACAUUGAGCCAACAGACCCCAGGCCUCUAGUCCUUGCCCCCAAACCAUGCAGCAGUCAUGGCCAGCACGUGAAGGGCUGGAACACGUCUUGGCUGCAGGCCUUGCCCCACUGUGCCCCGGGUUGCCGUGGAUGCUUCUGGGGACCCAAUUUCUCCUGGUCUCUCAGUCACCACCACACUCACAGAGAAGUGGCUAUGGGCUUGCUUGUCCCCAGCAGCGAGCAGUUUCCUGCUGCCUCCCCCAUGUGUGGCUAUGGAGCAGCCCACGGCUGGCACCUUGCAAAUGGUGGAGAGGAAGAGCAGGUGCUGGGAGCCAGAGUGCCAGGCAGGGUCGCAGGAACAGGUUCUGGGCUCGCAAGCUCCCAGGCCUUCCCUCAGCAGGCCCGGUGCCUCUGCUCACAGGCCUCCUGCGGGCCCGAGUCCUCAGGCUCUGAACUAGCCCUGGCCACGCCGGCGCCUCAGAUGCUGCAGGGGCUUCUGGGCUCCGACGAUGAGGAACAGGAAGACCCCAAGGAUUACUGCAAGGGCGGCUACUACCCUGUCAAGAUUGGCGACCUGUUCAAUGGGCGGUACCACGUGGUGCGCAAACUGGGCUGGGGCCACUUCUCCACCGUCUGGCUCUGCUGGGACAUCCAGCGCAAGCGCUUUGUGGCCCUGAAAGUGGUGAAGAGUGCAGGGCAUUACACGGAGACAGCUGUGGAUGAGAUCAAGCUCCUGAAAUGU